AUGACUGAACAAAUUCUCGUCGGCAAGACAUGCCUUGUUACUGGCGGUGCCGGUGGCCUGGGCAAAGCCAUUGCGACAAAGUACCUCGAAGCUGGCGCCAACGUGGUGAUUUGCGAUAUCAAUGAAGAGCGUCUGGCGCAGACUUCGACGGAACUCUCGCCAAUGGGACCUUUUAAGGCCGUCAAAACCGAUAUUACCAGUCCAAGCGAGGUGGACAGUCUUUUUGAAGCGAUUAUUCAGGAAUUCGGCAAGAUUGAUGUCCUCGUUAACAAUGCUGGUAUCAUGGAUAAAUUCGAUCCCAUUGGAGAUCUUGACCCAGAGCUCUGGAAUCGGGUUAUUGCUAUCAAUCUUACUGCUCCGUUCUUGUUGAGCAAAUUGGCUGUUCGCAAUAUGCUGGAGCAGGAGAAACCUGAAGGACGGAUUAUCAACAUCAUUUCCGUCGCCGGUAAGGCGGGAUGUGCUGCUGGCGCGGCUUACACUGCUAGCAAGCAUGGCGUUGUUGGGCUGACCAAGAAUACGGCUGCUUUCUAUGGCGAGAAGGGCAUUCGCUGUAAUGCUUUGAUGAUGGGUGGUAUGCGCACCAACAUCUUUGAAUCGAUUCAAUCGGGCGUGAAUGUCGAGGGUAUGAACAGAUGUACAGCCGCUAUGAAGGCGCUCCAAAUUCCUUUAUGUGAACUGGAAGAUGCUGCCGAGCUAUCCCUGCACUUGGCUGGCGGCAAGGGAGUCGGUAUCGUGAACGGAGGCUGCCUUUCGGCUGACAACGGCUGGACCGCUCAUUUCGGCUAA